UGUAGGAUUGAACGUUGUGUGCAGACAGUAAAAAGUGUAACGAACGUUGGCUCUAAAUCUCUCCAAUAUUCAUCGGUAGAUCUUUGAUGCAGCUCUCAUAUGAAGAAUGAGUAGAGGACAAACACCAAUGGACGGCCUCAAUCGUCAAGAUUCCAUGUCAUCUGAGGAUCUUGAUGGUCCCUCACCAGAUGACUCGGAGAAUAUCGGAGAGAUUCCCGGACCAUCCAGCCCAGUCCAACGACCUAGCUCGAGCCUCACCGUAGAAAACCUAAGACUCUUUGAAGAAGCGUCAGAACGAAGUGGUAGUCCAGUAGUUCUGAGAUCGGUUCAAGACUCUGCAAGGACAGCUUCCCCUCUCGGACCAGUCAAGACUGGUCGAGGGUCACCUGUUAGAGUAGACUCGGCUGGUGGCUUAAGAAGUGUUCCCAGUUCUCGACCAAGCAGCCAAACGCGCAUAAACAACCCCUCUGGGUUGAGUGGGGAGUUUCUACGAACUGGAAGCAGUAAGCCUCUACCACCGAUUGGAGUCGAGAGGAGCGAGGAGGAGGAGCAAGACGGAAAGAAUGGUUCAACGUCUACUGACGAUAAAACAAUUAGUAAUGGUGACAGACCAGAAUUAAACUCCAGAUCAAGUCAACCUACGAUACUGAGUUACAGAAGAGAGCGAACAUUGAACGAUGACUCAGAACGAUCGCUGAGAACUGCGGAGAGUGUGACGAGAUCUGAGCGCUCAGUUUCCUUCAAGGAUGAGUCAGACACAAAAACCCCGUCACUGUCCCCGGAGAAGGCUAGCCGCAAAUCGACCAAGUCACCUGCAGACCGAGAAGUUAUCCGACGUAAGAAUCCAGACGGUACAGAGCGAAUUGGUGUCUCCAUCGCUACAGAGACAGAAUGGAGCUGGUUAGAGAGCAUGUCGCUAGCAGGAAAGGCUGAAGAAGAUCUCCAGAACGGCGAUAAGAACAAGACACAAAAAAUAAGGCCUCGUAAAGGCUCUCAGGGGAGCGUCAGUUACAUGUCGGAAGUUUCAGAUGCUAGGAAUAACGGACGUAGAAAAUCCCGAACGGAUAGUGUAGGGGAUGAGCUUGACAAUGAGGAAAGUCCUUCUGAGUCAGAGUACUCUGACGAUGAAGUUGCACCGCUCCCAACCGACACCCUCAUCCCAAGCAUCGGACCUCCCCGCAUCAUCCAGUACCAACGUGAAUCCGACAGGUCGGGAGCCUACCCCGAUGAUGUGGGUCAGCGGGGCAGCACGGCCGAUACGGGCAUCCCGAGGUUCGACAGCUUCUCAUCCGCCGAUCUAGACGACAUGGGAGGGGUUUGCGAGUUUUGUCAGCAGGAUUUGAAAGUGUUCCCGACCCCUGAGAUGGUUCAGACGAUGACACCAGAUGAGAUUUACUGUUGCACAGACUACCAGAACCUCGUGGAGUUCACCCUUACGCACAGCCCCGAGGAAAGCUACUCCGUGGAUGAAAUGAUCGACAUCCAACCUCACGCUCCGUACGGCAGCAAGCAGGCCCGUCGAGCCGCAAAGGAGCGCGCCGCCCAGAGAAUGCGUGACAGAGAGGUGGCGAGACAGAGGGCUGCCGGAGCCAACCAGGCAAACUUCUAUGCAUUACAAGCCCACCGAUUGGAGGUCUUAGACGGAGUUGCCAGACAGAUGAAGACCAUCAACUACCAGUUGUCAUCCCAGAAGUGUCUUGAUGAGGGAUGGACAAUCCGACCUGCGACCCCUGAUAAUGAUGAUGGGGGUUCCCCUCAGGUCUUCGAGCCUGAACCUACACUCCCCCCACCUAUAAUGUCGCAGACAAAACAAGGCAUCCAAGACCCUAAGAUCGUCAAGAAAUUCUACGAAGAUGGCAAAGUCUUGAUGAUUAUGUUUCCUGAUGGCACAGGCAACGUGUUUUACCCAUCUGGUAACACAUCCAUCCUCAUAACAUCGACGGAGAAGGGGAAGUACACGUAUCUACUGUAUGAAGACUUUCCCAAUAAUGCCCCAAUGCUGGGCAUGUUUGAACCCAGUGGCUGCACCACGUGUUACCACUCCAACGGCAAUAUCAGGUUAAAUCUUAACCAGUACGGCGGCAUCUUCACCGAUCCCAAGGGUGCGGUCAAGAAGAGAUGGAGCUGGAAGGACCAAGUGACCCACGUCCAUGCCCCGCCCUUCCAGCCCAUCUGCUUCGCCAUUAAUAAACACUUCAGCGUCCGCUGCAUGGCACAGGAGCAGGUAUUCUUGUCUUUCAACUGCCACACACAGACUCUCCGGUUUAAUGUCGGAGUAAAGUUAAAGCUUGUAGCACCACAGUUAAUACCAGAAGAGCCUAUCGAUGACCACGCCCUUUACAUGUCAGAGGUCAAAGCAUAUGUAGAAUUGAUAUUUGACAAGAUCCAGAACCAGAUGAAAUUCUCCAAGUCCCCUAAACUGGACAACCUUCCUCCAUCGUUAAAACUCAAGAACGAGAUUCUACGCAACGAGCAGCUCAAGACGCGACGGAGCAUGAAAUACGUGACGAGUAGAGGAAAGGACGUCGCCCCCGUUGUCACGGUCAAUUAACCACGGUUAUGACAAAUUAUCAGGAAAUUUUGUUUUGUACACGCAUUUUUGUAUUGAGGUAAAAUCUCUUCAAACUGGAUUUCAAAGAGACAGUUGACUCAAUUCACCUAUAGUCUUGUGCAUGCACCAUUUUGGGAGUCAUUUUCCCCAUUUUUUUGCUGUGCGAUACGAAUUUUAGGCGACGUCCGUGCAUUUCAACGCAUACCGUAUAUUUAUAUAAAUGCAUUCUGGCUCCCAAAAUGGCAUACCACAAAAUGACAAACGUGGCCCAAUUUCAUAAAGCCUGUAAGCCAAAAAAACUUGCUUAGCACAACAAACUUUUGCUUUGCAUUAA